UCUACCUAUCGAAUCCAAACACAGCCUGCGAAACACAUCGGAACGGGAAACAAAACAUCGUCGAGCGCUGCUCUGUUUUGGUUUUCGAUUGGGAAGACUUUUUGUGUUUUGUGGAUUUUAUUAUUUAUUUUCAAACAUGUCAAGCAUUGGUAAAUAUAUUCAUUUUCUACAUAGCGCUGAGGCUGUUGCAGAAAUCCAAGCGUACUUUGGCUUGGAGAAAAUUAGAACGGAAGAUUCGGCUAGGCCUCAUGUUUCUGAUCACAGCGGCACAGACAAUGGAGCAAUACCGGCUUCAACAAAGGGCAAUACUUACCAAAGGAAACACGAUGAAUUUGAAGUGUCAAAAUGUGCAACACCAAGUCAUGUUGCUGAAGAAACCGAAUCGAAUCCUUUAGACUCUGUUAUUAUCAAAAACAAAUUUUGGUAUUAUUUAUUUUGCUUCGGUGCUGAACUUGGAAACAAGUAUUUCUAUCUUGUGUUUUAUCCUUUUUUCAUGUGGAACUUUUCACCAUGGCUUCUAAGGAGGGCUAUUUAUGUUUGGGUGGUGACAAUGUAUAUUGGCCAGUCUGCUAAGGAACUGAUAAAGAUGCCUAGGCCCCCAUGUCCACCAGCCAUUAAGAUGGAGAGGCGUUAUGAAAUGGAGUAUGGAAUGCCGUCAACACACGCUAUGGUCGGCUUACUAAUGCCGUUCACAUUAUUGUUGACUAGCAUUGGGCGCUUUGAG